AUGACAGCAAUGCUGAGCCCAAAGAUCAGACAGACCAGGAGAGCCCGGUCCAAGAGCAUGGUGAUGGGCGAGGUGUCGCGGGGCUCAUGCCGGCCGGCCUCCCCCAGCCUCCAGGAGGGGGCCCUGAAGGCUGGCUGGCUGAAGAAGCAGCGCAGCAUCAUGAAGAACUGGCAGCUGCGAUGGUUUGUGCUGCGCUCGGAUCAGCUCUUCUUCUACAAAGACGAGGAAGAAACCAAACCACAGGGCUGCAUUACUCUGCAGGGAUGCCAGGUGAAUGAACUCACAGCUAACCCGGAUGAACCAGGAAGACAUCUAUUUGAGAUUGUACCGGGUGGAACAGGAGAGAAGGACCGGGCACCAAUCAGCCAUGAAUCCUUCCUGCUCAUGGCAAACUCCCAGACAGACAUGGAUGACUGGGUCAAGGCCAUACGGCGGGUCAUCUGGGCGCCGUUUGGAGGAGGGAUAUUUGGCCAGCGUCUUGAGGACACGGUGCAGUAUGAGAAGAAGUUUGGCCCCCGGCUGGCACCCCUGCUGGUGGAGCAGUGUGUGGACUUCAUCAGGGAGAGGGGUCUGGACGAGGAGGGUCUCUUUAGGAUGCCAGGACAGGCCAAUCUUGUCAAAGAGCUGCAGGAGGCCUUCGACUGCGGUGACAAGCCCCUGUUUGACAGUAACACAGAUGUCCACACGGUGGCGUCCUUGCUGAAGUUAUACCUGCGAGAGCUGCCUGAACCAGUCAUUCCCUUCUCCAAAUAUGAAGACUUUCUAACCUGUGCACAGAUUUUGGCCAAAGAUGAGGAGGAGGGGGUCCAGGAGCUUGGAAAUCAAGUUAGCACUCUACCUCUACCUAACUACAAUCUCCUCAAGUACAUAUGCAAAUUCCUUGAUGAGGUCCAGUCCCACUGUAAUGAGAACAAGAUGAGCGUCCAGAACCUCGCCACAGUAUUUGGACCAAAUAUCCUUCGACCCAAGAUGGAGGACCCAGUCACUAUCAUGGAAGGCACCUCUCUGGUCCAGCACCUGAUGACAGUGCUCAUUAGGGAACACAACCGUUUGUACUCAGGGAGGGACCAGGAGGGACCCACCAUACCGCAAACAGAACUCCCUGUCCAGGGACAUCAGCUCCAACAUCGUAGCCUGGGAGCCUGGAUCUCUGAGGAGGACCUUCAGAGCUGCCCGGUCUCUAACCCCGACCAAGAGCUGCACAGCAGUGCCUCAUCUCUGGAUGCCAAACUAUGUGCAGCCGUCACCCCGACCCAGACCCCGAACCCUCUACCAAAACUGGGGUCUUCAUCAGGGAAGGGAGACACAGUGGUCAGCCCAAGUAAACAAGCCAAGACCAUGCCUUCCUGGAAGUACUCAUUCAAAAGCUCCUCAGCGCCACGUUCACAGACACAAGGAAAGCAAAGCGGAGGCGGCGGCAGCUCUGUGGCAGAUACAACUAGUGUGUCUUCUGGUGGGGGAGGAGGUGGAGGUGGAAGUGGCGGGGGAGGUAACUGGCUCAUGAAUGGUUUGUCCUCUUUGAGGGGACACCGACGCACUUCUUCAGGCGAGCGGUCUGCCCGUGACCGCGACUCCACUGGCUCCUCACAGAGACUGUCCACCUACGACAACGUCACAUCCUCCUCCAGCAUGGGGAGUGUACCGAGCGUGUCCAGCACACCGUGGUCCACCUCUUCCUGCGAGAUCUCCGUCCCCGACUCUGGAAGUGAGCCUUCGGCGAACCAGAACUGUGGAGCAGGGAGUGAAAGUGGGGAAAAGGGAGAGUGGAUGGAGAGCCAGAGGGAGAUUGACAGAGGAAGGGAUGGAGGGAUGAUGACGGACCCGAGCUCUGAGCAGGACAGCUGCGAGGCCAUGGAGCUGUGCAGCAGCAGUGCAGCCUGCAGUGAGAAUGGAAACAUGGCCGUGGCAGCUGGUGUGCCGUCUAUUAUCAUGUCUGAGGAUGGGGACGGAAUAAAUUUAACACUCAGCAGUCUGGUGGAAGGACUGAAGGAUGAGCUGAGGAAACAGAAGACUGCCUAUGAGACAAGGAUACAAAAACUGGAAGAGUCCAGUGCUGCUCUGUGUGCACAGAUGGAGCGUUUGGAACAAGAGAUGGAGCAGGAAAAGAAGAAGCAACGCAUGCUGGAGAUCAAACUACGAAACUCUGACCGAGCAAGAGAGGAUGCGGAAAACCGCAACCGGCUCCUGGAGAAGGAGAUGGAGGAUUUCUUUUCCACACUGGGAGAUCUGGCCCUGGGUGCAAGGACUAGCGACAUUUGA